CGUUAAUUCCGGUGACUAAGCCACCCAAAUUCAGACGGGAAUUUUGUCUGUACAAAUCCUUCUCAUUACCUGAAGCUUCCUAAAUUUUCUUCCCUGUUCGGUUAUAUUGGUUAUCGGCUUCUUUUCUCCUCCCUCGAUCCCACGUUUCAGACUUCGGCUUAUCUCUGCGCUCCUCCCUCAACUAACACUAUACAAUUCCUCAAUCGACCUACCGUCUCAUUUCCCUCUGUUCGCUCUUGCUGUUGUGGUUGAAUGGUCAUGGUGGGACGAUGAUUGCCUGAAGGAAUUUUGAUCUACUGCGUUUUGUGUGUGCUACCGGCGGGAUCCAAUCGAGCGGGGGCUAAUAUGGAUCAGUUCGACGCAUUCUUCAGGAGAGCCGAUUUGGAUGGUGAUGGAAGGAUUAGUGGAGCUGAAGCUGUCGCUUUCUUUCAGGGCUCCAAUUUGCCUAAAAAUGUUCUUGCACAGAUAUGGAUGCAUGCUGAUCAGAGAAAAACAGGUUUUCUUGGGCGACCUGAAUUUUAUAAUGCUCUCAGACUCGUAACUGUUGCUCAAAGUAAGCGAGAGCUAACUCCUGAUAUUGUUAAGGCAGCACUAUAUGGUCCUGCUGCAGCGAAAAUACCCCCACCAAAGAUUGUUCUUCCAGCUGUAUCUACCCCUCAAUCAACUUCAGUGCCUGCUGCAUCUCCUCCACAGAUGAGUAUGCCUGCACCAACGGCAUCUCAAAAUUUUGGCUUUAGAGGACAAGGAGUUCCAAGUGUAGGUGUGAAUCAGCAGCAUAUUUCAGCCCAGCCAAACCCUUCCAUGAGGUUACCUCAAGCUACACCUGGUGGUGUUUCUUCCAGUACGCAAAUGGUUGUUGCUGCUGCUGAACACUCUGGUGGAGGACACGUACGGAGUUCAAGUCUUCCAAACACAAAUGAUUGGCUUGGUGGAAGACCAGGUGGUGCCCUUGCUGCUGGGCCUAGAGGAGUUAGCCCUUCAGUGCCUUCCCCAGCUACGUCGUUAUCAUCAGCUUUAGUGCCUUCUCAGCCUAUGCCUAAUGAUAGAGCACUGGCUGUUUCUGGUAAUGGAUUUACUUCUAAGUCGGCAAUUGGUGCUGACAUGUUUUCUAUUACUCCAUCUCCACAUAGACCAGAUUCUACCGGACUCAACAAUACAGCUAACGGUAGUAUUGGCCCAUCAGCCAUCGUUCCAGUUUCCAGUGUAUCCCAACCUUUUAGUCAGCACAAAUCGAUGGAGUCAUUGCAGAGUGCCUUUGUCUCACGGCCAUUAUCUGGCGCACCGUUACAGCUCUCUCAGUCACCCUUACAGCUCAAUCAGUCACCCUUACAGCUCUCUCAGUCAGCACUGGAACCUACCAAGGAGGUUAGAGCAACAGGUCCAUCACCACUUAUAUCUUCUGGGAUCACAACUGGAGCCAGGAACUCGACUUCUGAACAUGCACAGGUUUCUUGGCCAAAGAUGAAACCAACUGAUGUUCAGAAGUACACAAAAGUUUUUAUGGAAGUAGACACUGACAGAGACGGUAGAAUUACUGGUGAGCAGGCACGGAAUCUAUUUUUAAGUUGGAGGUUACCUAGAGAGGUCUUGAAGCAGGUGUGGGACUUAUCUGAUCAAGACAAUGACAGCAUGCUUUCUCUCAGAGAGUUUAGUUUUGCUUUAUAUCUAAUGGAACGUUACAGGGAAGGUCGACCUCUUCCAGCUGUGCUUCCAAAUAAUGUUAUGUUUGAUGAGACUCUGUUGUCCAUGACAGGACAACCUAACGUUGUCCACCCAAAUGUAGCUUGGGGUCCCCAUCCUGGAUUUGGACAGCAGCAACCCCAGGUCGCUGCUCGGUCGAUGGCACCAACUGCAGGAUUGAGGCCCCCAACAAAUGUACCUGCUUCGAAGGCUGGUGGUGCUAGACUAUCCAAUGCGCAGAAAUCAAGGACUCCAGUGUUGGAGGAUUCAUUUCUGGACCAAUCUGACAAGAACCAACAGAAUUCAGCUAGCCCAAAUGCUCAAGAUGCUACAGCAUCAGAGAAAAAGGUUGGAGAGACAGAUAAUGUUAUUUUGGAUUCAAGAGAAAAGAUUGAAUUCUAUCGCACAAUGAUGCAGGAACUUGUUCUGCAUAAAAGCAGAUGUGAUAAUAGAUUAAAUGAGAUCACAGAAAGGGCAUCUGCUGACAGGCGUGAGGCAGAAACUUUGGGGAAAAAAUAUGAGGAGAAGUACAAGCAAGUGGCUGACUUAGCAUCUAAGUUAACCAUUGAAGAAGCAAAUUAUCGUGAUGUUCAAGAAAGGAAGGCAGAGCUGCAUGAAGCAAUUAUUAAAAUGGAACAAGGAGGAAGUGCUGAUGGUAUUCUUCAGGUCCGAGCUGAUCGAAUACAAUCUGAUAUUGAGUUGCUUCUUAAGGCUUUAACUGAACGUUGUAAGAGACAUGGAAUUGAUGUUAAGUCGGCAGCUAUGAUCGAACUUCCAGUAGGCUGGCAACCUGGAAUUGCGGAUGAUGCAGCUGUUUGGGAUGAAGAGUGGGAUAAGUUUGAAGAUGAAGGAUUUUCCAAUGACCUCAAUCUCGAUCCGAAGCGUGUUUCUGCCUCAAAACCAAAAAUGUCAGAUAGUCUGGAUGAAAAGGAUCUAGAAGAUUAUAACUCAACCCUUGAUUCAUCGUUCAAUGGCAAUGACAAGACCAAAGUGGGGAUCUUCUCGAGUACCAUCAAUCAUGGCCUUGAGAGUGAAUUUAUGUAUAGCCACAGUGAAGAUGAAUCAGCUAGAAGUCCAUAUGGCAGUCCAGCUGCAAAGACAUCUCUAGAAAGCCCUCAUGAAUUUUCAGAUGCUGUUUAUGAAAAAAGUCCGGAAGCAUAUAGAAGUUUCGAUGAGUCAACUUGGGGCGCCUUUGACAACAAUGACGAUGUGGACUCAGUUUGGGGAAUAAAACCAGUUAAUACCAAGGAAUCAGACGCUGAAAAGCACCAAGAUAUGUUUGGAUCCGGUGAUUUCGAUACGAGCUCUGCUAAAACAGCAUCCCCCAAUGCAGAUAGCUUCUUUCAGACAAAAAGCCCAUUUUUUGAGGAUUCUGUCCCUCCCACUCCUCUCUCUAGAUUCGGCAACUCCUCUUCCCCUCGUUAUAGUGAUGUGGGGGACCACUUCUUUGACAAUUCCUCCAGGUUCGAUUCAUUCAGCAUGCAGGAUCCCAGUUUUUCUCCACAACGCGAGAAGUUCUCCAGGUUCGAUUCAAUAGGCAGUUCUCAAGACUUUGGCGGUAACCAGGAGAAGUUUUCAAGGUUUGAUUCUAUCAGUAGUAGCAUGGACUUCGGCCAGAGCAGCCAGCGGCACGCCAGGUUUGACUCCGCUGGCAGCUCCAGAGAUUUCAGCCACAGUGCCUUCUCUUUUGAUGAUGCUGACCCAUUUGGGUCCUCUGCCCCGUUUAAAGCCCCAUCAGAGAAUCAAAGUCCCAACAAAAGUUCUGAUAGUUGGAGAGCUUUCUAACCUUCAGAAUCCUGUUUGAGUUUAUGUACUUGUAUCAAUUCCCUUGUUUUCCCAACUUAUCUUGUUCUUUAUAGUGAGCCGGGUGCCAUUUUUUGUCUUUUGUUAUGGCUUGGAAGAACUUGAAAUGGAUGGACAUAUUUUUGUACGUUAAGGUGGUGGUAUAUGUAUUGAUUUCAUGACAUUGUUUGUUUA